AUGUUUAAACAUUUAAGAGCUGGACUAGCAAAACCUAAACUUCAAUGGGCUUCUUCUUUUCAGAGGAGACUGUUUACUCCUACAACUAGCUAUUCUAAACCACUUGGGGUUGUUUUAGGAGCUGCUUCUUCAGUGUGUCUAAUGGAUAAAAUCAUAAAGAAUGAGACUUUCAAGACUGGAACAACUCCAGUUGGAUCUAGAGUUGGACAAGUUAUUGAGCCUACUAAGGAAUCUUCUCCCCGUUUAGAUGGCGCUUUUGGUGGAGCUCUCAAUUACCAACAGCUAGCUAUUGGUAGUUUUGUUGGGCUAGGAGUUGGGUUCGUGGUCGGCAAGUUAAGUUCCGUCCUCGUAUUCGUAACUCUCUCAGGGUAUUUGCUGCUUCAAUUUCUUGCAUCCCGAAACAUCAUUACCAUCCCUUACAAUCGGGUGGUGCAGUUAGGAUCCGAGACUAUCAACCUAAAGGAAUUGGUAUUUGAGAAGCCAAGUUUCAACCUGAGCUUCCUUGUCAGCUUCUUGAUUGCAGCAUACAAUGCCUAA